AAGGUGGAUUUUGUUACGUGAGAAAGUCAAAAUGGGUAUAUUGUGGGCUAACAGUAGCUCUAAAGUGCUUAAAAGUUGAUGAAAACACGUUCAAUGAUUUUGUCAAAGAGCUUCGUCUUUUACGAAAAGUAGGGAUUCAUCCAAACAUUAAUAGUUUUUAUGGUAUUGUUAAAGUGUCAGUUCCUGGGUCGCAUCGGGGCCCAAAAAUGACACGUAUUAAAUUCGAACAAAUUAUUUUGUUGCCAAUGAAAUCAAUGCCGAUCAGCACAGGAGCAU